UGCACCUUUUCUCCCAAUGCCUUCGCCACCUAACCGGUGCCUCAAAAAGGACAAAAGAGGAAGAAAAAUAAAACUUUAGUGUCUCAACCAGGAAUCAAAACCAGGUCUACAGAUUCCUAAGCAUGGAGCCAACCUCUACGAUAUAAAUUGUACUCAAUUGGAGAACCUUAUAAUCUUAUAUAUUUAACACAAAUAAAGCAACUUUCAUCAUACCAUCUCCAAAUCGUUGAAAUGCUAAAAUUGAGGAAGUUUCAGGAACGUGUUUGAGCAAGAUAACAAACUCUAUAUUUAAGCAUUGCAACACAAAAGGAAGACCUGAAACCAUAUGAACUGUUAGAUGUCACCUGAUCUGAACAUUAAGGAACCCUGUUGUACAAGAUAUCAAUGAUUUAUUACAUAAACAAGAUUUUAAAUGUUGUAAAACAUCCACCUUUGCAAAUGAUCACAUGAUCACAGAAUAUUUUGUUUGACUGCUGAAAGAUGACCAAAAUACUGACGAGUCGCCGCCUUUGUAAAUUAUUUUACUUUUUUGUUUCUUUAAUGCAAUAUCCUAUACAAUCCUACAUUGUCUCAUCCCUUGUUCAUCCCUCUUUUCCGAAUAAAUGAAUUUUAUUGCAGUGUUUUAUUUCACAAGUGAGAACUCUGCAGAGUCUGACUAAACGACUUCACCUGUUCUUGAAAGUUCUCAGAAUUUACUGAGUGUGAGAUACACUUCUCCUUAUUCAUCUGUUAGAGCCACAAAGCUAAAUAAAGGUUUCUCACCUCAUUCAGAGUCGCAACACUAACUUGUGAAAACAUGACAAACAAGUAACUGUCACAAUGAGAAGCAGAUACUUUUCAUUUUGGUCGUCCUGUACUGAAUAAAAUGUCCUCCUGAGGAUGAUUGUUAAUGCAUUAUUAACUGGUAUGACUGGAUGAAAGAACGAAAGUUUUGGGGUUAUUCUGCACAAAUGCAGCUGAACAACUUUUUUCGUUCUGGGAGAUUUAUUUGUCCGACCACAGGUCAACUAACAGCGCUGCGUUUGCAAAGGCAGGAGCAGUUCUGGCAGCACGCAGGCCGGAAGAAAAAACAAUUUCUGUUAGAUAUAAAAGGGACGAUUUCUAUUGGCCCUAAACUGGCGUUGAGGAGGAGCAGGUUCUGUCGCCACAACACAAGAUCCAAUCACAUCCAAUGUGUGGUCUCCUAACAUUAAUAUAAACAUAACGAACAACGCGUGAGUGUUGUAUAAUGCUUGGUGUGUCUCUAACUCUCAUCCUUAUCAGAUCUGUGUCUGCCUGGAUGGCACUUUCAGCUUUGACCUCUGACCUGCAGUCCUCAACCAGGACAAGACAGUGCCUCCCUAAAUGAGCACUAUGAAAGAGCUUUUGAUUAUCAGAGAUGAAAGAGUCAAUGUAUCUGGAGGAGACUUUUACAGCAAUAAUGUUACUCAUACAGGAGUUUAUUACUGUGUGGCCACCAAUCAACUUGGUAAUCAAAAUCCAUUUCUUCAGUUAAGUGUGUGAAUUAAGUUUUUUAUUACUGCAGCAGCGAUACUUUGAUCCACCCCCCAGUUCCUCCUCCUUCCUCUCACAGAGCGUCUUGGUUCAAAGACGUGUGACUUCUGCAUUGAACUCGUCAGACAGCAGACUGCACUGAAGAAGAAACACUCUCAAUGUGGUGAGUGUCAUGGCAGACCAGUCUGUUAGGAUGGUGACAGCCAUCGUGUUGCAGAGUGUCUUCUUCCUCUCAGGUGAUUCUGCGUCUUGUUAUGACAUUACAGCUCUAUUCAUGACUGCACCAAAAGAGAUGAAAGCACUGACUGGAUCUUGUUUGCAAAUUCCAUGUAACUUCAGAGUUAAAUCAGGAUCAGAAUUCAACAAAGCAACAACAAUCUUUGGAGUGUGGCUUAAAAAUGGACCUUACUUUGGCAGAUUUGACAGUGAGGUGAUUUUCAACAGUAGUGGGACAGUUUCCACAUAUCAGAUGAGUUUUACAGGAGACCUGAGUCAGAAAAACUGCACCACUUUGUUUUCUAGUUUAAACACAACAUACACAGGCAGAUACUACUUAAGGGUUGAGAACCGACCAUUUCUAGCAACAGACGAAUGUGAUCAGCUUCUAAUAACAGUUAAAGAUUCUCCUCCAAAGCCCAGCAUUGAGAUCCCAGGUGAUCUGAAGGAGAAGGAGUCUGUCUCUAUAAGCUGCUCAGCUUCCACUCCCUGUCCACACUCUCCUCCUCAACUCACCUGGAACCUCCAACCAGACUCUCACAACAUGAUGGAGGAAAACACAGAUGGAACCUUCACAACUAAAAUCCAGAAGAGCAUCCCUCUGUCACAUGAACAUGAUGGAUUCAUCAUCACCUGUUCUGCCAGAUAUCCUGUGAAUGAAGGAAAAGGUGUGAAGACAUCAGAGGAGACAAAGACUCUCAGUGUUUCAUAUGCUCCCAAGAAAACCUCAGUGUGCAUCAGUCCAUCAGGUCUGGUGUCAGCAGGUAGCUGGGUGAAGCUGACCUGCUCCAGCAGAGCCAAGCCUCCUGUGAACUUCACCUGGUUCAAGACCUGCAGAGAUGGACCAAAUAAUCAAUCAAUAGAUCAAUCAAUCAAUGUAUCUGAAGGAGACUUUUACAGCGUUAAUGUCACUGAUGGAGGAGUUUAUUACUGUGUGGCCACCAAUCAGCUUGGUAAUCAAACAUCCUCAGAGAUCCAUCUGACUAGAGGAGGUGAUCUACUGGUUGGUGUUCAUUUCAUAGUCCAGGUCCUGGGAAUCAUUCUGCUGGUCACUACUUUGGUCAUCUUUGAGUGCUGGUUGAAAUCAAGACGCUCCACCAAACCACAGGAGGACGAGGUAGAAAUCGACUACGUUAACAUGGUGGUGGAGUAACAUCCGUCAUGAGCCAGAAGAGGAAGAGGAAGCUAUGAAGCUGUACCAUCUUUUCUGUAUCCAUUAGUCUUAGUGCGCUUCUUACAACAAUGUGUGUAGCUUUUCUCCUGAUACUUAAAGGUUUUCCAUUCUGUGGUGAACAAUGUUUAUCAGCUUUCUUCGUGCCUUUUUUAAAAUCAUGAGUAAAAGCAUCCUCUUAUAUUUUAUCUUGUGUUGAAUGGAUGUAAAGCGUUAAAAUGAAUAAAAAUGAUGUGUUUCAGUGUGUGAAGCACACAAGAAGUGUGAUUCAUUCUGUCUUUGAGCAACUACACAUACACAAUUUAUAUGUAUCUAUGUGUAACUUAUAUAAUGCGUAGAAUAAGUUCACCUGUGUCAGUUAUCAUUAGAGUUGAGUCGGAUACUCGGCUGAAACGAAUAUCCGGGAUAAAGCACUUUUGCCGAGUACGAGUAUUAUACGAGUAAUACGAGUCAAUAUCUGUGCUGGGAUUGAAUAAAAGUCCUCAUUGGGUAGCUGUCUGUGUCUGCGCUCUGUGAUUGGCUGGUAGUCACAGCGCCCCUCCCCUACACACACACUGUUUAUUGUGUUGCUGUGUCCCGCUCGGCUCACUCAUACACAGAACU